AUGCCUCCCAAGAAGAAUGCUGACAACCAGCCGGCUGGUGCCCUCAACGAGGCCGAGUCGCGCUUUGUGAAGUCGAUGUUCGACCACAUGGUGUCGCGUCCCGACAUCAACUGGGACGAAGUCGGCGAAGACUUGGGCAUGACAGCCAAGUCUGCCAAGGAGCGUUUCCGAACCCUAAGCAAGCGCCACAACUGGUCUGGCAACGGCUCUAUCGCCGGCGGAGGUGGCAACAGCCCUUCCGGCAAAGCCAAGGGUACUCUGGGCCCCAAAAAUGCCAACAAAGUUGCCAAGAAGGCAACCCCUAAGAAAAAGGGAGUCGCCCGCAAGAAGACCAAGGCUGAACCGGCUGAAUCGGACAACGAUGAGGACGUUUCUGCGAAGUUGGAGUCCGACAGUGACGGAAAAGGCACUGACAACGACCAAUCUAUGGACAGUGUCAACGAAGACGAAGUUUAA